GAUGAUUUCGCUAGUUGUAUUUGCCCUUUUGGGCAUCUUUGAGCCAUCUUUUACGGAGGGUAAGUUCAGGGUUUUGAAAAUUGGUAUGAAGAGUUAAAGUCAGUUUGAAUUUAUACCAUUUUUUAUUGUUUGAGGUAAGAGUUGACAAGUGGUGUAACAUCUGGAAAAAAAGUCCUAAUAAACUCCAUAAGGCUUAAUUGAUCAAGCUCUCAUAUCAUUCAUGGUGGUCAAAACAUUAAAUUCAUUCUGUUCAUUUAGAACAAAAAAAGCACUCUGAAAUUUGUCCAAAAAGAAAACUACAAAACUGAAAUUUGCAAUAUUGCGAUUUGCCAGAAAAUCUCCGGUAAAUAAAUCGUUAAAAAGAAAAAGGAAAAAAAAGGAAAAGUAACAUUUUAUGUGAGUUUUCCUUAUCACUUUGGUCAUUUGAGGGAUGCGCAUGAUAUUAUACUACUUGAGAUUUUUUAGCUCCUUAUUCAAAUCUUAUCUCAGGAUGUGGAAUGCGUCCUGCUUUCGCCCGUGUGGUGAAUGGCCAAGACGCCAGUCCCCACUCCUGGCCAUGGCAGGUUUCCCUGCGUGUGAGAGGCGGACAUAUCUGUGGUGGAUCCCUUAUCAGAACUGACUGGAUCGUUACUGCAGCACAUUGUGUCUUUAGAAAUCCCAAUCCAAGUGGAUACACGGUUGUCGUGGGUAAUAAGUUAUUUUAUUUAAUCCUGUCAUAAGUUAAACACCUUUAAUUCUUUUUUAAGGCCAGGGCUCAGGGAAAUCAAAGAUAGAUUAGAGGCGAGUAAACCCAAAUCGUGUCAGGGGUACAAGAUAGAAGUGUGGGAGAAAAAUUGGAGAAAAUUUGCAGUGGCACUAGUUUUUGAUAUGAUAAACACGGAUGGCUAUUCGAUUCUACAUAAAAUUCUACGCACCAAAAUAAUACAACUUCUAGAAGUAUGCGUACCAAAAUCAUAUUCAUUUUUUAUCAGGACAAGCAGAGCUAGAUGAGGUGGGAAAAUGACAGAGGCGAGUUAUUAGGUCUAAGGAGAACCACGACUGAUAUUGCGAGCGCACAUGAUUAGGGUGAAGUUUAUGAGUAAUUAAACGGUGUCCAUAGAAUCCCGUCUAAACAAAAAUUUAGUCCGAAGUCCUUCGUUAUCAUCUUCACGACAGGGGCCCACAGGCGACAAGGAAGUACAAUUGUGCAGGAGACCUUUAGAGUUAGGACUCUUCACAAACACAGUGGCUUUACCAUGAGUAACUUGAAACAUGACGUCGCAGUUCUUCAGCUGGAUGGAAAUGUAAAGCUGAGCGACAAAGUGAAUACAGUUUGUCUCCCAGACCGAGAUGCAGAUCUAAAUUCCCAGUGUUAUAUAACAGGUUUGUAAUGUUCUGACCUAAGCUGGAAGCUGUAGCAAAACUCCUCGAAAUAUUCAGCUUUCUUAUUUUGGGGUUGGGCGUUGGGGAUCAAGAUCCGAUCUAUUCUGUCCAGAAGGAGAAGCAUUUUGUGCAUGACUAGUAAUACCGACGAUCAUUACUUGAUACCUGGUAGGCAACAAAGAGGUUAUAAAAAAGUUCAGCAUUUCAGAUGUAAAUUAAAAAGUUUCCUUCACAAAUUUAGGUUGUGACUGUCAUACUAAGCUGUUUAGUUGCAUAUAGCUUGCUUUCAAGGAGAGCUGGGCUGUAUAAGACUGCCAAUAGAUGCUCAGGGGACAUAUAUAAAUGAUAUACUUUGUUGCUAGGAUGGGGACGCAUAAGUGGUAACGGGCCAGCAGCAGACAUACUGCAACAAGCUAAGCUCCCGCUUGCAUCGCAUGAGGCUUGCGUGAGAAAGUACGGUAGGUCGAUUGAUAGGAGAGCUCAUCUGUGUGCUGGAGAAGGUCGAAGUGGUGCCUCAGGGGGAUGUAAUGGGGACAGCGGUGGUCCGCUUGUUUGUGAGAUGGGAGGAAAGUGGUAUCUGCACGGCGCUGUCAGUUUUGGGAGGCAACGUUGCCCAACAACCCACUUUACAGUGUUUGCAAGAAUCACCACCUACAAGUCGUGGAUAUUGCAGAUGAUAGGUGAGUCUAGGCGUUCAAUUGUAACUUAUAAAGUAGUAGCUGUUUGACAAAAAACAAAAUAAGCAUCUAGCUUUUGAGCAAAAUCUUCUUGCGUUUACGAAAAUAGUUUACGAACGUGAAAACCAGCUAAUACCCGCCGAAUUUCAUUGUCGUAAUUGACUGCUUCUGAUGAAGGUUACAGGCGGCCAAUUUAUGUUAUAAUUUAAAUUGAUAAAGUGAAAUUAUCCUUUACUGUUCUGAUUAGCUUGCACUUCUAUCGUUUUUGUCAUCAGAUAUAACGAAGAUCAUGACGCGCACGAAGAAUUGUUUUUUGAACAUGUGAUAUACCAUCAUUUUUUAAAAUCAAAGUUGAAAACGACUCUGACUUAAAUAUGAUAUAAUUUUACCUUGGUUUCCAGGAGAGGGAAGCGGAGGACCUAACACACCAAUUCCUCCUCAGCCACCUCGUCCACCCAGUAAGUAUUAAUAAAGAUUUUUGUAUCAGGAAAAUCUGUCUGCAGUAGUAAAACGCUACAUGUUACGAAUUUUUUUUCGAAAAUAGCAAAUUAGACACGUAGAAUACACCUAGUUUUAAUUAUAAUUACAUACUAUACCAAGAGGCUUUCCAUUAAGAUCAAUAUUUUUUAGUUUUUAACAAUUCAUUCAUUCCUUUGGGAGUGGAGAAGGGGAAGGGAGGGGGAAAGGAAGGGGGGAGGGGGAGGGAGGGGGAAAGGAAGGGGGAAGGGAGGGAGGGGAAAGGAAGGGGGAAGGGGAGGGGAGGGGAAAGGAAGGGGGAGGGGAAGGAGUGGGAAAGGAAGAGGGGAGGGGAAAGGGAGGAAGAUUAAUGGAGUGGGUACUUAUUGGAAAGUAAUUCCUCGUUCGACACUCGAUAGAAAUGGGCGAAUCGUUGUAGUUGAUGAAACACUAAUAUCAGUAUGAAAUUUUCCUUAUAAGGAGAUUUAUCUUGAGUCACGUAUAAACUUGAGCAGCUACACAACAGUCAAUAAAACUGCAUUUCAACACUUUGCAAACUGAGUCAUUUCGGAAGGAAAAAGGUUAUACCAGAAACGAGAAUACAAACAGCGUUCUGAUUUUUCUAAUCCGACCUUGUAAGGAUCAUAAGGGGAGGAACAUUGACUAGCUUGGUUAACACUGUGCUUUCUUAUUACAAAAAGAUAUGAACAGACGUAGUAUCAAUUCUAAGGCUUUUCGUUAUAAAUCUUGUUACAGCUUCCUCGCUGUUGCACGGUUUUAUAGUCAACAUUUUGAAUUGCUUCGUUAUUUAUUUCUUUGCACUCUUCACACAGCAGACUGCCGUGACAGAAUCAAAUCUCAAUGGUGCUCCUUCUACCGUAGACUUGGGUUCUGCCGAAACGCCAGAAUAAAGAACUACCAUUGCCGCAAGACUUGUGGAUCUUGUAAGUUGAUUAAAGAAAAGAUCAUUCCUGCCUAUUUUGAUCAAAGAGUGAUUGGAAGUUGGAUCGAGAUGAAAGAGAAAAAAAAAUAAAGAGAGAGAGGGAGAGAUAGAGAGAGAGCGUUGCAUUACUGUGAACUGGAGAAACUCGCACUUGUCUUACAUACCAAUCCCUUUCGCGCUAUUGACUCCUUUACCGUAUCAGCCAAACAGGACCCUUGUCUCUGAGUAGCAUUUUGCUCUCAUAUUCGCUGCGUAUUGGUCCAUUCUGCUCACGUGGACGCGAUCUUGUUUUCUAAUUGGCCUUUAGACUUAUGAGUACCCUCUCCUACCACCCCCACGUGUCUUCGGUGGUGGUGACUUUGGGAAUCCCAUCAACUUAGUUCAAACCACCCACAGGACGUGAUAUCUUUCCUUUUCAACAGGUUGAAAGAGAUCAGUUGUUUACAUUGAUUAAAGAAAGGAACACAUGAACAUUCAUGAUCAGUCAAGGAUUCAAACAUUUAACUAGCAGAUUAAAACUUGUGUUAGUGUAAAAAUAAAGGAGCAGCAAAGAAUAAAGAUUGUGAAGUUUGCGCGGUCGUUAUAUCCUUAGUCUACAGCUGUGUUCUUUUACAUUAAAAUGGGGCUCUUGUUUUCUGAGCUGACAUCAUUACAAAAGUCUUAUAAAACAAAGAUUCCAAUUUCAGCUGUAUUACACAGCAACUUCACUUACUUCCCCAAUGUUCAUAUCAACUACAUGGUCGCUUCACUACAGUAGAGUCAAGGAAGAUGGAAUAAGCACGCAAAGUACUUUAUCGUCAGGUGGAUAAAGUGAAUAUUUUAGGAGCGCGCCGUUCAACCGCAGUGCUAGUUUCAAGGAAGUUCUUUAAUUUCAAAACACAGUGCAACAAACGGACGCAAUAUAUCUUCUUGGAAUUCUUGCUCUUAUCGUCUCCAAAUCUACCCUUAAGAUUUUAGUUUUCUUAAAAACUUGUCACUUUUUAGCUUCGAAUACUGUUAUUUUUUAUCAAAGGAAGUGUACGGCUUAUUCCAAAUUUUGACUUUAAAAUCCAUCUCAGGCUUCUCUAUUCUUAACCGUUUUCUUUCCAAUAUUGUUUUAUUUUUCCCUCCUUGGAAAAAUGUACCGUGUUCCCUUUUUUUCAUCCUAUCCGAAGUGUCUCUGACAUUCGAUAUGACUUAAAACGGCAUGAUUCUGUCAGAGAGACCAAGCUGGCAGACUAUUUCGUUUACCCAAGUAUUUUCCAUGUAGCUUCGCAUAUUGCUUAACAACUUUCUCCGUCAACACACCUGACAAAGAAUAUCGUUUUUGCCAAUCUGAGAGGGAAAGUUCAGCCUUUAAUAAAACAUAAACAACUGAGAGUGGUAAUCUGUUACAAGGCAGCUUUAGCAACGCACACAAGGGUGGAAGAUAUUUUGUGGAAUCAGAUUUGACACAUUUAAGCAGCUGCUACAUCUGUAGGCUGCGGGCAAAUAAAACGAAGGUAUAACUGGGUUCUUUAACGAGAUGCAGAUUUAGGAUAAAUUCGUUUUCAAUAUGAUUGUCUCUGCCUUGCUGGUGCUGGUUAUAUUGGAGCCUUCAUUUUCUGAAGGUAAGUAAGAAAAGAAACGAAAAGAAUUAAGCCUGCAAUCUUUCAUAAACUGGUGGCGUAGGUAUUCAACUAAAAAGUCAAUGCAUGUAUUUUUGGUGAAGCAAGUGGUAUCAAUUAAGUUAAAUUAUUGAACUCUGCUGGCUUUAAAAAGACUUAAAAUGUAAUCCUGGAUGUUACAAGAGGAAUGAAAAGGACUUUUUGCAUAUCAUCUAGCAUUGGCUUCAGUUUUCAGGUUACUAACGGUUUGCUCCCCUGGAGAUUCUGAUUCUAGGUCAUUUCUCAUUCCUCGUCAUUCGGAGCCAUCCUUGUUUCCUUGAUCGAGUUUAAACUAUUACUUCAUCGUAUCAUUCCAGUCAAGAACAAUUCUCAACAACCCAAACAGGAAAAAAAUACUUAUCGUUGCAUAGGUCCCUUAACAUUCUGUGAUCCUUUAUUCAUUGAACUAUAUCGUUAUCAUUUAUAGGCACAGAAAAGUGAAGAAGGUUUUCGUUUAUUGUUGUUGCUCCAUUUUCCACUCCUCAGGAUGUGGCAUGCGUCCUCCUUUCGCGCGGGUAAUCAACGGUGAAGAUGCUAGUCCUCAUUCUUGGCCCUGGCAGAUUUCUCUCCGCAACUCUCGAGGCGGACAUAUCUGUGGUGGAUCCCUAAUCAGACCAGACUGGGUGUUGACUGCAGCUCAUUGUGUGGACAGAAAUCCAGAUCCAAAUGCAUAUACAGUGGUUGUGGGUGAGAUACCGGGUGUUCAUGAUGGGCACUUAUAUAAUUAACGUUAGUCAGAUUCGGCUGGAUAAACCGGUUUCAUUCAGGAACUAAGUUCUGCUUUUGAUAGAAUAUUUCAGCCAUAAUCUGUCAUUUUUGUAUUUGCGUCCACCAGUCUAAAAAAAUUGCCUAAAAAAUUUAGGACAAUUACUCAAUGCAAAUCCAGUAAACAAAAAGAUUCCGUUUGCCAUAUGUCUCUCUAGUAAUCACAGAUGUCGUCAAAAUGCGGUUAGAAAAAAUGUAGCACACGUGGCAUAGCAGGUUUGGUCCUUCAUCUUCCAGACUUUUUCAAGUGUUGCCUUGGAUCUCAAUUGUUGAUGCAUCAUUUAUGAAAUUGGUGGUCAGAAUUACAACCUUACCAGUCGGAGACAAGAGUAUUGUCUUUUUUCACCCAGGUGCUCAUAUGCGAACUGGAAUGACGGAUGUGCAGCAGACAUUUCGGGUGAAGGCACUUUACAAACACAGUGGUUUUACCAUGAGGCAACUCAAACACGACAUUGCGCUGCUACACUUAGAGAAGAGUGCUCAGUUAAGCGAGAAAGUCACUACUGUCUGCCUUCCGGACAAAGAUGCAGAUUUGAAUUCCAAGUGUUACAUAACAGGUUUGAUACAAAAAGGGAGUAACUUAUAAGCUUACACUUAACUCAUGAGGUUUUCUUUUAACUUAAAUGGAAAGCUUUUGUGGUAUCCUCUGUGCCAACCACGUUCACCUGAAUUAAUAUUUUUCUUUUAAUUGCCUAGGAUGGGGUCGUACCCAUUUUGGAUCAGCAAAUACCCUACAACAAGCUAAGCUUCCACUUGUGUCGCACAGCGAUUGUAGGAAGAUUUGGCGCACACUUGACCGGAGUGCUCACUUGUGCGCUGGAGAGGGACGAGCCGGGGCUUCAGGAGGGUGUCAUGGAGACAGCGGAGGCCCUCUUGUCUGCGAGAUGGGAGGGAAGUGGUAUCUACAUGGUGCCGUCAGUUUUGGGAUGCGCGGCUGUCCAACAACCCAUUAUACAGUAUUUACAAGGAUCACCAGCUACAUAUCCUGGAUAAACGAGAAAAUGGGUCGGUACUGCAGCGUUUCGCUUAAGCUUGCAAAGUGAUGGACUUUUUAGAUCACAUUCAAGCUUUUCUUGAGGAUAUGAGUCAAUUAACAGGGUGCUCGAUUAUUAAUUAACUAGUUCCUCUAAACUCAUAAAUGAAAAUCCUUACCGCAAAAAUUAGACCACUUGUACGAUUAGUAUGUUGCUUCGUGGAAGUUGAAAUCAAAGGCGUUUAUUGACGAAAUAGUAGUUGAUUAUCUUAUUUGUCUCUGAACGGACAAUCUCUAAUUUGCACCACUACUCGCUGAUCUACUUUUUAAUGUAAGUUUUUGCUGUAAAAUGGGUGUCGGUUUUUCCUGAACAGGAGAGGACACAGGAGGACCAAAACCACCCCCACCCCCGCAGACACCUCCCCCUCCCGCACCGGCUGUAACGACAAGACCACCACGACCGCCUAACCCUGGUGAGUAAAGUCUGGUUUUCAAUUAGGCUAAAGGCACCACGAAUACCCUCCAAGAAAUUUACAUGUUGAUAAACACAGGAUUUGAGUGAUUUGAGUCGUCAAGAAAAAUAGUAAUGUAGAUGCCGUAAAUAAACUAAUAAUGUACAUGAAAAACUUGCGCGCUUCUGAUUGGCUGAAAACAAGUGCAUUCACAUGUAACACAAGUGCAAAGUUGUCACAGGAGUGCAAAUUUCAAAUAGCGCGCGCGUGCUUUCAAAAUUUCGUCUGCCUUGACCUUCUUUGAUAUCCUUUUAUGUAUAUUAUAAGCAAGUAAUAAUAUGAUUUUUCUUGCAAGUUGGUGUAAUAAACGCUUGUAAAUUGGUCAAAGACUACAAAUUGUACUUGCUCUACGGGCUCGUGCAAUUUUGUUGUCUUAAUUUACUCGUGCUUAUUAAUACCAAAUUGCACUGGAAAUCAUGUUAUUACCUUUACUAAUGAGACCAUUUUCUUGUACCUUCCUCGUAUUCUACUCAAUUCACUUAAUGCAGGAUGUAAAGACAAGUGGGGCGAAGAAUAUUGUCGCAAUCAUCGUCAUCUUUGCGGUUCCAUGCCAUUUUUGAAAAAUUAUUGCAAACGAACUUGCGGAGUAUGUAAGUACAGGAAAGACAUCUUCCCAAUAAAAUACGGACGGAUCAUCUUGCACUUUAGUAUAUAAAUUUCUAGAAUGCUACUAAAAAAAUAACAGGCUAGUGUUACAAUACAUAUAACACUAGCUAUUUGUUUUAACAAACGGAACCACGAAGUACAUGUACUGAAAAUACUGAAAACCUGGAGUUUUCGUUAUUGUUUGUCAUAACGAUCGGCGUGUUUAUUCUUGUUUCUUUCCCAACAGGUUGAGACUAACGGAAGAAACUUCCAAGGAAAUACGAAGAUUUCAGUUGAACAUAAUUUAUGACAAUAAACUUAAAGUAAAUUCUGAUGAACGUGAUUCUUAGUUACUGAAUAAUGUCUCUUUGUCUAUUCUCUGGUUUAAAAUAUUGAACAGGUUGAAAUGUUUAUUAACCUCAUAUAAAACAAAACUGUAUCAAAAAAAGCACAUCCGACAAAGACAAUCCUUGAAGUGUACUUCUAUAAUUUUGCUGGCUACAUCAAACUUUUUGCAAACUGAAUAUAAGUUUUCCUUUUAAAAUCAACAACUGGCUGGGUCACAUUUAGACACUUCAAGGAAUAAAAUGAAGCACGGAUUUCAUGGUUUUCCCAAUUUCCUAUAGUUUUCUUGUGGCCCUUUCUAUCAGAAAAAAAAUGUAAGCAUUGUUUUUCUUCCUCCGUAUGCCAGUUUCGCUUGACUUAGUAAAAAUUUUUUUCAGUUUCUGAUAGAUUUCAGAUGCAACACGAAGAAUUAAGGCGAGGUCUAACAUGUCAAACACCUGUGUUUGGAAAGCACACGGCCAUCAAGAUUGACAGCCGGCCAGAUACACACAGGUGGUUUGAAAACUAUAUACAAAAGUUGUCCUGUGAAUAUAUUUGACCAAGUGUAUCUCACGGGUAAACCUUGAAGACAAACAUUUACUUUUUCGGCCAAGGGAUACGCAUAAAGCUUGUCGAGCGUUUUUUGGAUGCACAGCCAUCUAAGAUUGGCAGGCUGCCAUGGAUAUAAAGGUGGUUUGAAUAUGUUUUACCAGGUGCACCUCACAAGUAGACCUUAAGGACAAAAAAAAUUUUUUUUUCGGUCAAGGGAUUUGCGCAGAACUUUACGUUGACCUUUUUUUCCAUCGCAAGUGUACUCGUUGGCAAUUAUGGUUUAGGUUGGUUAACUAUUCUCAACCAAGACAUCCGUCUUGAGGUAUUCAACUGCCUUGAAAUUAAACUGCUGAAUAUGCUCAGUUUUGUCGAAUGAUCGUUGAUGUGCUAGAUUGCACUAUGGAAUCAGCUUCUGCAAACUAAGCCAGAUGGUAGAGACAGAAUUUGAAAUGUUAGCUCAAAUCGCAUGAUAUAUAUUUUCUAAAGCGAGGGAUAACCAGAGAUACGGUACUAAUUUGGAUGGUGUCAAGAUGAUUGCCUUUAUUACCCUGGUCCUUGUAGCUUUUGCACCGACUUAUACCGAAGGUAACUUUAACCAAACCUUUCUUCUUUCCAGCCUUCUUUUUCUUUCCUUAUUUUUUAAAUUUCCUCCUAAGCAGUGCCUUUUGCCUCUCUCUCCGCCCCUCUUAGGUUAAGGGUUAGGGUUAGUUUUUGCUGGUAGAAAUUCCUAAUUGCAAAAAUCAAUACCUAUAUAUUCUAAAGAUUGUGUUUGAAAAUAAACGCAAUCACUUUUGAGUCCUCGCUUAAUCAAUAGAAAAGUGAAAGAUUCAUCAUUUUUAAAUAAGUGUCCUUUUAAUAUCCAUGUAAUGGUGAAGUAUUGUUUCAAAGUGGCGCAGCAUGGACAUGUCCCUUAAAUUGAUCACUCAUCUCCAAAAAUAGAAUGCUCUCCCUUCAUUUAAAAGUUUAGAAUUGCCACAGUAGAGGGGGGGCCCUUUAUCAAUUCCUUUUGUGGACUAUUAAGUUAAAGAAAUGAGACCAAUUGACAUGAAGUAACAACCCAUCGAAAUAUCCUUUUGAACAUAGUUGACAGGCUUUCUGGACAGGAAUUAUCUUGGUUUAAUUGAUCAACGCCGGUUAUUUUAGUGCUCUCCAAAAUCUUCAAGCGCCCCAUGUCUCAAGAAUGUACAGCGCACGCUCAUAGCAGUUGAUUUAUAUCACGUUUAAAGAAGAUUCCACUGUUUCGUUUCAAUGCAUGUAUACACCUCGUCAGCGAACACAAUAGGAAUGGCAAACAUGCUAGUCCCACUGAAUCGCCAAAAUAUAUUUGCUGGCUAUGUCAUAAUACAUCAAACGACUUAAGCUAUAGCUGAUGCUUCUCAUGACCGCGGCGAUUGUUCUACUUCAGGAUGUGGAAUGCGUCCUCCCUUCGCUCGUGUGGUGAAUGGCCAAAAUGCUAGCCCCCACUCUUGGCCAUGGCAGAUUUCCCUUCGUGUGAGAGGUAGACAUAUCUGUGGUGGAUCUCUCAUCAGACCUGACUGGAUCGUCACUGCAGCACAUUGUGUGGACAGAAAUCCAUCACCAAGUUCAUACACAGUUGUAGUGGGUAUGAAAGCAGUUCUCCCGGAUCAAAAAAAUACCUUAAUUAAAGAAUUAAGCAAGCAAAUCAAAUAAGUUUGUUUUAAUAAUCACUUGACCAUUUUUUUUUUUUUCUUUUCAUUUUUUGGAACUAGAUCAAAAGCGCUAGAAAACAUUUUCAGUCGAUAGAAAGUACAUCACAUUUUGACUUAAAAUCAAAUUGAUCAUUUCGUGAUUCUGCCAAAAAAGACCAGACAGAUUUGACACUGAAUCUUCCUUCCUCUCUUCUCUUUGAUGAUAAUAGGUGGUCAUAGGCGAACCGGAAGUACAUCCGUUCAACAGACCUUUCGAGUGAUAACUCUCCACAAACAUAGUGGAUUUUCGAUGCAGAAUCUAAUGCACGACAUAGCAGUUCUUCAGCUGGCAGGAAGGGUACAGAUGAGUGAUAAAGUGACCACAGUUUGUCUUCCACAACAAGAUGCGAAUUUGAAUUCUGAGUGUUACAUAACAGGUCUGUCUUAUUUUCCAUACCACAGAUUUGAACACUGGAUUUUUAACAAAAUUGCAGAAGUGAUGAAGGGGGGGUAAUAAUUAUGGCUGCAAGAUCUUAACAUGUAUUCACGAGGGAGUUCUAAUACUUUUAUCGGGAUUUGAGGAUUCGCUUUCAUAAGAGAAGUUAAAAGACCACUCAUUAUUUUACGAUUUAUCACCUGUGAUGGGGGUUGGGAGGGGGGGGGGUAGGGGGCUAAUGAAUAACGAUUGAUCCUUUAAAGAUACACAUUUUGAGUCCGUACUCUUCCCUCUUCCUUAAUUGCUGAUUGUUUUAGGAUGGGGACGUACCUCUGGCGGAGGGGGAUUACCAGACAUACUCCAACAGGCUAAACUUCCGCUGGUGUCCCAUGAAAAUUGCAAGAGGAAGUACGGUGUGGUCGACAGGAGUGCUCACUUGUGUGCCGGUGCGGGACGCGCUGGUGCUUCAGGGGGUUGCAACGGGGACAGCGGUGGUCCACUUGUUUGCAAUGUAGGUGGCACGUGGUAUCUGCAUGGAGCUGUCAGCUUUGGAAAACAGAACUGUCCAACAACUCACUACACAGUGUUUACAAGGAUCACGAGCUACCAUUCGUGGAUACUGGGGAAAAUAGGUUCGUAUUGACUAUUGUACGGUCUUAAUAAGUGCAGUGUAAAUAAAACAAGAUCCAAAUUCUUAUCUCAGGCUAUGUGUUUAUUGAUUCAUCAUUUCCUUGUGAAAUGAAUGAUGGAACGCACUCAUUGAAAUAUAGUCUCGUUCAGUGAAAACGUUAUGGUUGUCAAAACCGUACAUGACCUGAACUUCAAGGUUUGAUUUCUGAAAUUGACUGUAUCGCUGUCACCUUUCUGAUAGGGGAAGGAGGAGGUGGGCCGAAUCCCCCACCCCCACCCCCAGGAACAGCACCACCCCCACCACCACCGACGCAAGCACCACCACCACCACCCGGUAAGUAGUGCGUUUAACGAUAGUUACUGUCACAUGUUUGUUGUUAAUUUCCUAAAUAUCUGUUGUUCCCCAAUCGUUUUUGUUCGAGAUUCCGGCUGUAUGAUAUGGCCAAGAUGAGCCCAUCUUGCCCACUCGGGAAUGCUCACUCAAAUCGAUCCCGAGCAAGAAAAUAAAAAAUAAAAAUAAAUAAAUACUGUAUUAUAAGAAAAAACAUAGGUCCGCAAAGCGUCCAUGUGUUUAGCGCGGAAUUAUGUCUUACAAAGUCAUAUUUUUGUGAACGGCAGACUUUUGAUCAUAAAACAAGUAAAAUGUUAUUUUUUUAUAUCUGCAGCAAGAUGUUAUAAAAAUAUUUUAAGUUUCCUUUCUAUUAUUUUUGUUUUUUUAUUAAAAACAAACAAAACAAACAAAACAAAACAAAAAAAACAUUACGUAAAAACUCCCGUAUGAGGACUGUCCAGGGCUGUGACAGGCUGUGUGGCCCCGUGAGUUGUGAGUUAAAGAUAAAAAGGAGGAAAAGGAAAGAGAGACAGUCAUACGUAUUAUAAAAUACUCAUUCUCUGAGUUAAGUCAGGCUCGGCGGAAAAAUGAACUAUUUUUCUCCUCGCUGCAGGUUGUAAGGACAACUGGAAUGCGUGUGAAGCAAACAAACAUUACUGCGCAACGUGGCCACAAAUUAAAAGAUAUUGUCCAAAGACAUGCAAUGCAUGUAAGUUACUCCGAAAAAUAUUAAACAAUAUAAGAAAGAUGGUAAAUUUAAGCUCGGUAAUGAGAUAGAGAAAUUUUUUUCCAUCUAAGAUGCGAAAAAAAUCCCAAUCCUACACAAUAAAUAAACUUUGGUACUCUUGAUACUGUGAACAUUGGCCAAUUACACCCAUCCUCCACUUAGGAAGGGGAACCCAAAUCCUUUGCUUGAAUUAAACAGAAAUUCCUCAGUAACACAGACUUUUAGUUACUCAACGUCGUUCCGAUCGAAAAUAUAUAAUCAACUACACUCCAUGCUUUUCUUUGCCAGCCAUUUGGAGGGAUGAAUGUUCUUUUCGCUUAAUAAUUUUGAUUCAUUUUUUAUUUUAUUUUAACGCUCAACAGGUUAGAUUUGGAAAGCAUCAAACAGAGGCUUGGAUUCAAUUGUUGCAGCAUAAAGGAUGAUUUAAGCUAAAGUGAAAAUAAAAUUAGUAUUUAGCUGCAAAAUGAGCAAUCGUGUCCCUUUUGAUGUAUUUCACUUUAUUUCCUAUCUUUCUGUUUUUUUUUUUCUUUUUUUUUUUCUUCUUCUGGAAACUGAAAGGUUUAAUCGUGGGUGGAUUUACAAUUAAAUAACAAAAUUUUCUUGGCAAAACUGGGUAGCCAGCACAUACGGGUUAAGGUGAAUUCCGGUUAACGGGUAAGUCCUACAGAUAGCCUCGCUGAUGUUAUCCAACACUGUCUAAACAAGUCUGAUUUCUUUUGAGGCGAGUCGAACCGUAAGUGGGAAAAAUCCAUCAGUCAAGUUUGGGUUACGGGGGAAAAAUUGAACAUAUAUAGUAUAGAAAAAUCCUGAUUCAAAUUCGCUCGGAGUUCCCAGGCGACUCGCUAAGAAACAACCGCGUGUAGUUCAUAUCUUCCCUAAAGUAAUUCUUUUAAUUAUUUCCCUCUUCUUUUAUUGAAUUGAAAAAGCAACGUCGCGAGCGAUCUAUUUCCUAACACUCCUAAUUGUCGUGGUUAAUACGAAAUACUUGAUACAAACCCAUUUACUCCCUGGAGCUAAUAUCCGCAGAACCAUCCACCAAUAGAGAGAUUAAUAGAAGACUAUAAUUUAGUCUUUCGGUUCAUAAAUCGCUAUAAAAAAUAUGCAUAUUAACAAAUUUGGAAAAAGUAAUGCAAAAAAUUAUCAAAGAUCAUCGUGAAAAUCGCAAGCUAUGGACAAUAUUUGAACGAUAUUUUAACUGAACUGAAAUAGCAUUAAAUACUCGCCAAUUUUCCUAAAGCUGUUGUUAAACUAAUCAAGAUAUAUCACUACUCUUAAGAAAAAUUAUCUUUUGUCUCAUCGUUACACCACUUAAUGUUUUUUUCAAAGGCUGCGGAACAAACUCCUUAUUUUCUCCCAACAAAGCAUGACUGCUACUCAAAGAUACUUCGGCAAGAUUUCCCAAUAACCCUAUAUUCUUUACGCACAAAGUGCUUGGAUAAAAUAAAACAAUGGCAAACAAAAAAAAAACGGUUCAGUUUUAUAAUGUUACAGGGAAAUAUUUCUUGUAUUUCUUCUGUACAAAGCAAGAUAUCGCUUUCGCGUUGUGAUAUAUCGCUAAAGAAAUGCUAUGCAGAGGCCUUGGGAUCUUCAAGUGACGCUGUCAAUCACAAUGUAUUUUAUAAUUCAUGGGGAAAAAAGUGGUAUAAAUGGCUCAUUAUUUACUCAUUGUGAGGAUAGUUUUAUCAGGUGUAAGAUGAGCGUGCAACCAUUUACAGGUGAGCAAAUAACCCAUGGUAUAAACUGUCACGUCUAUGAAAUAACAUUGGUUUACCAGCUGCAAAUAUACUAUUUCUGUAGGUAGCGAGGUAAUGAAACUCAGAAAAGAUCGCGAAUUUUCCUUUAAGUCGAAAGCUGGCAAUAAACUUCCUUUAAAAAGUUAUGUCUUUGGGAUGGUACAGCUGAGAUAUGUGCAAACAAACUACUCGCUAAGUAUUGUCAAAAAAAUAUAAACUAGUCGCCAAAGUAGUCGGAGGAUCUGAGCCCACUAGUCUAACAAGAUGUCUUUCUUCGCAAUUGCAACGGUUCUUCUCUCCGUACUGAUUCCUGCAUUCAGCCAACGUGAAGCCGGUAAGUUGCACAUUCAGAGCUCGUUAUCAAGAGGUAGAUUGGAGUUCGUGAAUAUUUUGUUUAUUGUGAUCAGGGUUCCUCUCUCACAUGAGAAUAGAAACAUUGAAGUCGACUAUACGCGGCCUUAAUGAAAGUUUAUCUCAGGAAACGACUGUAAAGAUCCAGGCCACGGCCCAGUAUAAGUUCAACUGUUGCGAGUUGUCGAUGCAAAAGCACCAUCAAAAGCCCUUGCAACAUAUGCCAUUAUGCCAUUUUCAUCACCAAGCAGAACUUCAGAACUGACUGGAAGGUCUCGGUUAAGAGUUCUGUUGGGAGCAAUCGUAACAUUGUUUUUCCGAGCACGACGCUUUAACACACUUAAAUGAAGUGAGCUCUCUACUAAAAUGUCGUGUUCCCUAAAUGUGUUUUCCGGCGCUGGUGAGUUACAUUUUUUUCUCUCCAUUUCAGAAUGCGGUAAGCGACCAUUCUCAGCGCGAGUUGUUAAUGGCGAGAAUGCAGCGCCUCAUUCGUGGCCAUGGCAGGUUUCCCUACGGGUUAACGGCCACCACAUCUGCGGUGGAUCUCUUAUCAAAGCUAACUGGAUCGUAACCGCGGCUCACUGCGUACGAAAUUUUCCAUAUCCACAAGGAUACACUGUUGUAGUAGGUAAUUAAAAAGAAUGAGUACACGCCCAAUGCGUAAAUAGCAUUACCAAUUGAAUCUGAUUCUUUUCGUUCGCAAGCAAUCAAGAAAUGGCUAAACAAAAGAGAUGCCAACGAGACCUUUCCACAUCCCUAGAACCCUAAAAAAACUUUGUCGAUACCGUGAUACAGAAUAUAACAUAUAUGAUAUUCUACGCUCAGUUUUAGAAUCGGAAUCCAUAAGUCAUAACAUUGGUACCACACGUACCUCAUAGCUUAUAACUAGGAGUUUACCCAACAUACCUUUUGUUUUUUCAAAUCAUCAGUUUUGUUUUGGUUUUUCCUUGAUAGACCUUGUGUCACAGUUCCUCUAUGAGCCUUUCAUUUACUAACUCAUUACGUAGGGGCGCAUAGACGAAAAGGUUCAACUUCUGUUCAAGAGGAGUUCGAUGUGAAGACUCUUUACAAGCACGAUGGUUUUACCAUGAACAAUCUGAAACACGACAUUGCCGUUCUUGAGCUGAAGGGCUCGGUAAAGAUCAGUGAUAAAGUGUCACCCGUUUGUCUUCCUACUGAAGAGCCAGCACCUGGAACUGAAUGUUAUAUUUCAGGUUAGAAAAGAAAAAUUGUAUGAAGCUAUUUGCUGUGAAAGCUGCUAUCUGAUCAACUGCCCUACCUCAUCUAAAUGGAACGAUAUUUCAAACCUUUCCUUCUGAAAAACUUAAUUUAGUUUGCUAGGGAAUUAAAGUCUACAAAGAACACCGAAUGUAAUCAAAUCUUUGGAAUGGAACAAGUCUUUUGUUUAGAACGACUAAAUAAAUUAACUAAUACUGUGAGUAGGUUGAGCCUAUCAAGAAGGAAAUGCACAAUCUUCCUUUGCGUAUCUACAGCCAUGUUAACUUUUUUUUUUCAUAUUUUAUCUUCUGGUGUAUUUCUCUUAGUGUUUUGAGGGUCGACUCAGAUUUAUAACCAUAUUCGUUUCAGGAUGGGGACGUCUUCGAGGAGGUGGGUCCGCCCCCGAUAUCCUUCAACAAGCGAUGAUACCAAUCGUUUCCCACGAAGAAUGUAAAAAGAAGUAUGACCGAUACGACAAGCAAGCUCAUUUGUGUGCUGGACAGGGGCAUGCGAGUGGCUCAGGUGGCUGUCAGGGAGAUAGUGGUGGUCCGCUUGUUUGUGAGAAGGAUGGCACUUGGUACCUGCAUGGCGCUGUAAGCUUUGGGAAACGAGGCUGUCCAACUAAGUACAACACAGUGUUUGCAAGAAUCACGACCUACCUGCCCUGGAUAAUGGACAAGUUAGGUAACAGAUUGUUUUCAGUACUACUCUUGAAAUUGUGAAAGAUUGCUGAAGUACACUGCUUAAAAUGAUUUAGCGACUCUUGAUAGCCGCGUCAUGAAGAAGCUUGAAAUCAGUCUUGAUUACAAGUUAAUAUAUUUGAUUGUAAUAAACCGUAUUUUGCCUCUCACUGAUCGGUAUUGUUUUCUUUAUUAGUCAACAGACCGCCAGCCCCGACACUGCCCCCCAAAACGCCUCCACCGGGUGAGUAAAUAUUGUUGUGGGGCAAUCUACGGUCGUUUGAAGCUAAUGGCGCUUUCUUAAAAUACCUCCACGAUGGACACCUGUUUAUUUGACAAUCUAGUUCUCUGAACCAAUAACGUACUAAGGAAAGUUCCAUUGUUUCCAUAAGUACCAUUUUUAAAUGAAUCGCGAUCUUUUUUCUUUCUUGCAUUCUCAUUCAGGCUGCAAGGAUAAGCGGGAAGACUGUGCUUCCAAUAAGAUGUGGUGUCGCUUCAUGCCUGACAUAAAAAGGGAUUGCCCUUUCACAUGUGACAACUGUAAGUUUUACUUCCCGUCGUGUCAAAGCGCACGUGUCUUUUUCAUGAUUGUCUGAAAGGCUCAGCUUGGAAUCAUGAAGAUAAACGGCUUUCCUUACAACUUUUGAUUCUUUAUUUCUUUCUUUCUAGGUUGAAUCCUUGAUGCAUAGCAUAUAAAUCUCAUUCCAAACUCAUUUGUAUCAACACAUUUGACAAAAGCGACGGAAGCAAUAAAAGUAUAUGAUAAAAUGCCCACUUUUCUUGUCUGUUGAUAUUGAAUAAAUAUUAUAGUAAUGGCCGAGGAAGGCGGUGCUGGAUGGGAGGGACUAUAACACAGUACUGCAAAUAUCUAAGUAAUCGUUACAAAUUUAAUGCCCCCGUAUCAUUUUACUUCUACAAAGAUGAGCUAAAGAAAAAAACGCGCCAAAAGCACUCCAUCAUUUCUAGCGCUAUACCGUACAGCCCAAAUAAUUAAAUCUUAUUAAAUACCAACGGAACACUAAUAGGUUAGAAAACUUGUUGAUCAUAAAAUGAACAGGGUGUUACCUAACCUAUACACCUUUUCACGGGAUGGAGAGGAGAGGAGGGAUUAAAAAUUCGUCUGUUUUGAAACGAGAGAUGUUUUUAUAUGAUCAGAGGGGCGUCAUUUUUUGAUCCGUUUCCUCUUUUUUGUAAUGCACCAUGAAAGUUUUAGCUCGAUCUGAGUAUCAUUUUAUUGUCAUUUGUACUUCCCUACUCAUUCAUUUAUAACCCAAUGAGACCUUUCUUUUUUGUUGGUGGCGUUAAGAAGUUCAUAUCUCAUUUUCUACAAUAAUCUUAUUGCCUCUUGUGCAAUUAGAGGUGUCGUAAAUGCUUCUAAAGGCUGCGCAAACAGGCUUAUCUCAUUGUGCUCUAGAUCUUCUCCCCAAAUUGCAUCCCCUAUCAUAGGAGAGUCCAUCUUAAAUCGUGUUUUGAUUGUUCCCUAAAGUAUUUUGCUAUUUCAGCGUGUUACAUCAAUUAAAUUUCUCAAUGGCUAAUAGUGAGCUGAGAUGGCAAGCCAAGAAAAAUUGAAAUGUUCUUCAGAAUGAUGAUGGACGUUGUACGACUGGAAAUUUCCCUCUGGGAAAAUUUUGCGUGACAGUUUAGUUAUGCGUUGAUCUGUGUUUUCAAAUGUAACGAAGACGCCUACACACCUUUGCAGGUGUGCUUGAACCAAUGCAGCAUUUACAUCAACUGGUUACACAUAGUUCUUGGUUCAGCCUUCACAACACUCCUCGAUUUCACACACAUGGGGCAGUUGUGUUUGAAUGGAUUCAAUAAAAAUCUUGCCCAGGCAAUGCUGAAACAACAAAAAUGACAGAUAUAAAUUUUAUGUUUAACUUAGAAAACUGCUGCUGAACAGUUUCAACUGAGAAACCAACCGACAAUCCGCAUCACCAGUGUUGAGAAGGAAGCGCAGUGAAAAAAAAUCAACGAUGUUUUUUCUUUUUUCUGUACUUGUUGCCUUUUUAGCUCCUUCGAUUUGUCACGGUACGUAAAUGAAAUACUUGCUUAAAAUACCAUUAUGAUUAUCUCAGAAUUAUAACUAUGUUUUAACUUUAGAUGGCACGCACUGAACACAGAACCACUGUUCUGGUUUAAUACCUCACGCACACUAAUUGCGUCUUUUGUAUCUGAGCAAAAACCGACGAGAAAGUUACGUCAAGUUUAUUAGCUAUUUCCAUGCGUGGGAAAGUCAAAGAACCACAUUUAUUUUCCAAAAGAAUUGCUUUGCAUUCGAUUUGUUCAAAUAUGUUGGGGAAGUUGUUGAGAUAUUACAGCCAUUGAGCUGAGACACCUGGAGUAGGUUACAUGAUGACGUGUUACUCAAACCGAAGCUUCAGCGGUCCGCGGCUGAUCGAGGGCGGUUAUACAACCAGGUUGUAGAAAUGUGAGAGUUCAUGAAGUUGACAUUUAAGAAAGACAACAAUCCAAAACGUUUUUCAAGUGAGUCAGAAAGUAAUCUUGUGCAAAAGUCAGGCCUGAAAAUUGAGGUAAGCGAGAGUUGUUUUGCAGUCUAACAGUAGCACGUGCUCGAAACGUCGCGGGUAUAAACUUUUUCAAAAACCAUUGAAUACUCUUCUUGUCACCGUGCCCGGAUCUAGAUACUCAAAUUCAUAAAUAAUGUAUUUGCAGUCCCUUUCAGAAGUGAACAGUGCAACAAUUUUGACCAGUACUCGUAUUCAGCAGAUUUGUGAGUGAUGUUGUUGUUGUGGAAACCGAUAGGAUAAGAUGUGUAUCCUCUCCAGUUUCCAUGGUGAUUGAAAUGUGAUAUUUUAGUGCGCGUGUGAGAAAAACGUAAGAAAAAAUGAAUGGUUUCAGAUUUGAAUUUCUUGCCAGUGUCCAACUGGAUAAUUCUCGUGGCAGACCAUGUAAAAACCUAUAAGAUCUCCCUCUCUCCCUCCUGUAGUGCAGUGUUUUUAAUAUUAACUAGAUUUGAAUUUUUAGAAACGUUUUGACUGUUUUGCACGUUCCCAUAAUUAAUUUUUUUAGAAAAUAUUAUUAACUAUGGGUGAGACAUUUUCUUUUUGGAUAUUAUAUUUCGUACCUUUUUAAGUGAGAUAGUGCCGCCUUCUUUACUGCUUAAAAUAUUUGCGGUGAUUAGGUUAUAUUGCCAUAUUAUCAUAAUUAUUAAAAUGCCGAUUAAAAGUUUAAUGAAGCUAUCAUUAAGCUAUAAUUUGGAUUUCACCAGACUACUCGGUUUAAUUUCACCUUGAUUUGUUAAAAUAUUCUUUUGCCCCGAUCCAUCUUUUCUCAAGUUCUUUUUAGCUAACUUAAAAACUUACUGUAUUGCUCUUUUCAUGUUCAUCUACCCUCUUUAAAGGAUGUGGAAAAAGACCCUUCCAUUCUACACGAGUGGUAAAUGGGCAAAACGCUGCACCUCACUCGUGGCCAUGGCAGGUAUCUCUCCGUAAAGAUGGAAUGCACAUCUGUGGUGGAUCUCUGAUCAAACCGAACUGGGUGGUUACAGCGGCUCACUGUGUCUACAAGAAUAAAUAUCCAGGAUUUUACAGAGUUGUUGUAGGUAAUGCACAGAUUAUGUCGUCAAGCCAACUCAUCUUAAAACGUUAGCUUGGGAGGAGCGAGGUCUCGUGGCACUUACCCCCAACCCCCUCUCCCCUCCUCUCUCUCUCUCGGAGGGAUAAUUUAUUUUCUCGACAAGAGAAACACCUUAUAAUUCAGGUCUUGAAAACGUUCAAAUCCAAAAAUCUGAAUCGCGUUUUCUUUUACGUGCGAGAUGUUCCAUGUGCCAUCCCCUCCACAUUUCCUUUAAAAAAACCCUAAAGCUCUUGAUCUCAUUUUAAUUUAAUGUCUUCACUGGCUAAAAAAUGUCAAUGCCUAUUUCCACAUAUUCCGAAUCCCAUUUCCUUUAAGAAAUUUUGAUUGUCAUUUAACGCGAACUUGAUUGUCGAUAUCCGCGAUUAAGUAUAAUUUUUUGGUUGUCAUAAAUAUGACAACCAAAAAAUAGUAUGAUAUUGUCGUUUUAGGUGCCCACAAACGCCUUGGAUUUACUUCGAUUGAAAAGGCGUUUCGGGUUAAGGCCAUUCACCUGCAUGAGGAAUUUACUAUGGAGACUCUGAAACAUGACAUUGCGGUUCUUGAGCUCAGAGGCUCAGCAACGAUCAGUGAUAAGGUCUCCACAGUUUGCCUUCCCACCGAGGAACCGAAGCCUGGGACGAAGUGUUUUAUAACAGGUUUGAGAGUUUUGAUUUCUAGAAAAAGUUUGUUUUCAUCCUUGGAAAAAUUGUAAUCAGGAACCCUUAUCAGUCUUCUGAGAUUUGUUGUUUGGUUGUGUAUUUUUGUUUUGUUUAUUUUGUUUGGUUUUUGUUUAUUUUGUUAAUUUUUUUAGAAGUAGUAGAUAACUUAAUCAUUAGGUGAUUAACAAAAACCUAGGUCUUCAAUGCGCUGAAAGGGUCCGCAGUAGUCGUAUUUUUAAAAUCGCGGCAGACUAGCUACAUACAUGACAGAGACAACAUUCAAACAAUGUCUGCCUCAUUUCAAGAGAUGAUAUCCGAAGCGUCAGGUCCGCUGCUUAGUGCUUUCGUUUUCUUGAAUAAGUGAAAGAUAAAGAAACACAGGAAUUCAUGAUCACGAUAAUCAAGUUCGUUUCCGUGAAACACUGAACAUUCAUUGCCUUAAUUUAUAUUCUCUUCUUUUUUGUUGGAAGGAUGGGGCCUUGUUUCAGAGAGCGAACAAGCGAACAUCCUGCAACAAGGGGAGAUGCCUAUAGUGUCGAACGACGAUUGUGCAAAGAAAUACACUCGGUUUGAUAGCAAGGCUCACUUAUGUGCUGGGAAAGGACAGGAAAGCAAUUCAGCUGGUUGCAGUGGCGAUAGUGGAGGUCCACUUGUGUGUGAACAGGGUAACUCUUGGUAUCUGCACGGUGCUGUUAGCUUUGGCAAAAAGGGAUGUUUGCCGACCGCCUACACUGUGUUCGCAAGAAUCACAAGUUAUAUCCCGUGGAUUAUGAAUGAAAUAGGUAAGGAAAGAUAAGAAAGAAUAUCUUUUUCGCCCUGCCAGAUUGUGCCGAAAAUGGACGAAAACGUACGUCAGAAGCAUUUGCGGCUGACCUGGCUCAGAGACGCAACAGACGAGGCAAGAAUUUACGCCCGAUUCUUUUCUUUUACAAUUCGUGCAGGAGGGAGCCCGCCGCUACCAGCGACGCCACCCCCACCAGCAACGCCACCCAAGCCGUCUCCACCGAAACCAGGGCCUGGUAAGUGAACACAACAAUGACGAUGGGGGAGUGUGUCUCUCUCACUUUAAUUUUAUCUUUCCUUUUCUUUUUCUCUCUUUUUUUAAUGCACCCUUGUUUCCAGUUAUACGAUUCGCUUUUCCUCUCUCUGCUGGGUUAUACUCGGGAAAGAAAACAAAGACCAACCAGAGAUGCAUAAAUUCGGUGAGGCGAUGCUAAAGAAGCGACGUGGGUGCGAGAUCUAAAAGUCAACAGAUGGCAAUGAGUUGGUAUUCGCCUUUCUUUUGCAGGUUGCCGAGAUAGCCAGACAUAUUGCCCCAGGUAUAAGCACUACUGCAUUAAAUAUCCGAGUUUCAGAAAGGAUUGCCCCAAAACCUGCCAUGCUUGUAAGUUACUUUUAACAUAACCAAGUUCCAAUUUUUAUCCUUCAAUUAGCAAUAGCUAUGACGCAACUGGAAACCGCCGGUAUAUAUGUCACUAUUAGUGGCUAAAGACUGCUCUCAGCUGUCACAUAUAACUUCUUUGAUAUGAUAUUAUCAUCAUAUGAAGAAUUAACCAAGCCCAAAGGCGGAGCUCUUGUCACUUUAUUUUGAAGCCUUCACUGCAAUAAAAACUAUAAUGGAACUCUUCAGCACUGGUUGUCGACGGUUUUCUUCAAGGGGAUUUAGGGACGAGUCCGGGGGUUGGUGGGGGUAAUUUACGGGUCUGGAACCGUAGGACGAUGUUCUCUUCUUUUGUCGCAUUUUUUUCUUUGUCUAUUUAUUGUUUUUUUCAUAUUUUUUUUUUUCUUUUUUUCAUUGCAGGUUAAACGACGUCGAAGAACUCAAAUCAAACACAGUAGAUUAAACCAUAUUAACCCUCAUACAAAGCUGCUGUGUGUUUUUAUUAUACGUAAUGAUACAUAUUUCAAUUCACUUGGCCCGUUAUUGCUGAGCCAAAUCAAAACGAACUUUUCUUACCGACCAUCAACCUCUAAACUCUUCAUAAUUAAAGUGUUUUGUCUUUCGCUUAAGCCAGACAUGUUGAUUACGUAAUCUGACAGUGAGAUACUUGGAAAUAUCCUGCAUGGUAGCGAAGAUGUGAUGAGGAACAGUGCCAUGAAGUAUCGUUUAUUUAACUCAU